GCUGUGCUGGGGGUGGACUGGCGGGCCAGGGAGGCGGGAGCUGCGGGCGUGGGCACCGCGCACGCGUGGGGAGCGGCUCCCGGAUUCAGCGCGCCCGAAGGAGGGUGACCUCGCGCCGCUCCGCGGGCAGGAUGGGCCUCUCCGCCGCGGCCCUGCUGUGGGGCCUCCCAGGGCUGCUCCUGACCAUCGCCCUGCACCCGGCUCUCUCCCCGUGCCCCGCCCAGGCCUCGGUGCCCGCGCACCGGGACUACUGUGUCCUGGGUGCCGGGCCCGCGGGGCUGCAGAUGGCCUACUUCCUGCAGCGGGCCGGCAGGGACUAUGCCGUGUUCGAACGCGCCCCGGGACCGGGCAGCUUCUUCACGCGCUACCCCCGGCACCGCAAGCUCAUCAGCAUCAACAAGCGGUACACAGGCAAGGCCAACGCCGAGUUCAACCUCCGCCAUGACUGGAACUCUCUGCUCAGCCACGACCCCCGGCUGCUCUUCAGACACUACUCCAACGCUUACUUCCCCGAUGCCGGCGACAUGGUGCGCUACCUGGGCGACUUCGCGGACCGGCUGGGGCUCCACGUGCUGUACAACACAACCAUUGCCCACGUCACUCUGACCAAGGAUCAGCGGGCCUGGAAUGGCCAUUACUUCAUCCUGACCGACCAGGAGGGCCAGGCAUACCAGUGUAGCGUCCUUCUCGUGGCCACUGGCUUGUCAGUCCCCAACCAGGUUGACUUCCCUGGCUCCGAAUACGUGGAUGGUUAUGAGUCCGUGUCCGUGGAUCCCAAGGACUUCGUGGGUCAUAAUGUGCUGAUCCUGGGCCGGGGGAACUCGGCCUUUGAGACGGCGGAGAACAUCUUGGGUGUCACCAACUUUAUCCACAUGCUGAGCCGCUCCCGGGUCCGGCUCUCCUGGGCCACCCACUACGUCGGCGACCUCAGGGCCAUCAACAAUGGCCUGUUGGACACCUACCAACUGAAGUCCCUGGACGGGCUGCUCGAGUCUGACCUGACAGAUCUGGCCGUCGUGAAGGACCAUGAGGGCAAGUUCCACGUCACCCUGAAGUUCUUCCUGGAGGAAGGCAACCGGAGUGCCGACGCCGUCCCCCUCCCCCAGGACGAUAACGACAACUUCGCCUUGCGCGUGGCCUACGACCGGGUCAUCCGCUGCCUGGGCUGGAACUUCGACUUCUCCAUUUUCAGCAAGUCCCUCCGACUCUCUGCAGGGGGUGAGCUCAGCAAGAAGUACCCCCUGGUCAAAGCCAGCUAUGAGUCCAAAGGGAGCCGGGGCCUCUUUGUCCUGGGGACUGCCAGCCACUCCGUGGAUUACCGGAAAUCUGCUGGGGGCUUCAUCCAUGGAUUCCGAUACACAGUGCGUGCUGUCCACCGGCUGCUGGAGCAGCGUCAUCACGGCGUCACCUGGCCCUCCACUGAGCACCCCAUCACACAGCUGGCCAGUGCCAUCAUCCGGCGCGUCAACGAGGCUUCUGGGCUCUACCAGAUGUUCAGUGUGCUGGCCGACGUGGUCCUGUUGAAGGAGAAUGCCACUGCUUUUGAGUACCUGGAGGAGUUCCCCAUGCAGAUGCUGGCCCAGCUGGAGACCAUCACAGGAAGAAGGGCAAGGCACGGGCUCUUCGUCAUCAAUAUGGAGUACGGCCGGAAUUUCUCUGGGCCCGACAAGGACGUCUUCUUUUAUGACCGCUCCGUGGGGCACACGGAAGACGCCUGGCUGUCUAACUUCCUCCAUCCUGUCAUCUACUACUACAGGCACCUCCCCACCGAGCAGGAGGUGAGGUUCCGCCCCGCAGGCUGGCCUCUUCCGCGGCCCACGGCCAUCCACCACAUCGUGGAAGAUUUCCUGACAGACUGGACGGCCCCGGUGGGGCACAUUCUGCCCCUGAGGCGCUUCCUGGAGAACUGCUUGGACACCGAUCUCCGGAGCUUCUAUGCAGAGUCCUGUUUCCUGUUCGCCCUAACACGCCAGAAGCUGCCACCCUUUUGCCAGCAGGGGUACCUGAGAACACAGGGGCUCGUGGGGACUGAGAGCCUCCGCCAGCACGGCGUGGAGAGCGGGCUCCUGUGGGACUAUGCCACUGUGGGCCGGAGGGACAGCGGCCAGCAACCUGGCAACCACGGGCCAGGACAGCACCCUCUGGCUCCAGGGCCUCCGGUCUCGCCCUUCGACAGCAACAAAGAGGAGCUCUGAUGGCCAGGCUUCUCCCGCCCAGGCCCACAGUCGGCCCUGCUCUUUCCCCACAGUUCAGUGCUCCCACCGACCUGAUUGCCAGAGACACCUCAGAUCAUCGCAGUGACCGCACCAAAGCCACACGGAGGGCGCGUAAGGGCUGAAGGGCGGCCACUCGGUGGUCUCCCCUCCUGUUCGGUUCAGGGGUGCCUGGGAAGUGGGGUCUAGGUGAAGCAUCUUGUGCCAGAUGGAAGGGAGCUGCCUUCCACACCGGACUUGUCUGCAAAUGAGCUGUCACGGAGCACCGGGCUGGCCUCAUUUCUGUCCCCAUCAAGUGCCCAGUGGUUCCUUUUCCUUCCAGUUGUCGGCUUAAAAAAUAUUCACAACCUAAAAGUUGAGAGUUACGUUUUCUUCAGCGGGAAUUCUUAAGGCUUCAAACCCAGGAGGCAGCAUCUCAAGUAACCCCGACGAGGUGACGGGGGAGCCGGGUUAUACAGAAGUUUUGCAACAGGGCAGGUGGUCUGAACAUCAAAAGAUGGUUAAUUAAAGAAAACCAGAUAUCCCAAGUUCAGGAACUUAGUGCUUUUCUGUGUUUGGGAAGAUGCAAGAGUCUGGGCUCACUGAAGUCUUUCCUUUGAUCUGCACCUCAGCUGUCUGGGGCCAGUAUCCUAUGUUUUCACAUCUUGAGUUUCCUCAGGGCUCACCAGCUCACGUCAGUGGUGGCUGCAAUCACUGAUGAGUGUGGCAUCCUUAGUUUACUGAUACAGUGGGAAAUACUCCAUUUCUCAGAUCCUCCUCUUGUUUGGAAAUUUGACCAAUAUUUGGGAGACGUUUCAUGACCGAAUUUUGUCCCACGGCACUGGGAGGCGCAUCCCAGAUCAGGUGAAAAUUCUUGUGGAUGUGUCACUCCAGGUGCUAGUUUCCAGAUUAGGCCCUGUUGAUAAUUAAAGAUUCUCUGGAUCGUCUGUCUUACUAGUCUAUUAUGAUCCAGGAAAUGUUUUCCCUUUUUGCUCCUUCCCGUACCUAGAAUCACGCUCUUACAGUUAUUCUAUAAGAGUCAUAAAUGUGAUCUGUUUCCUCAAGAUGUUUAGCCAUCAUCAGUUUUGUUGGAGGCCUGGUUACACACUGGGUACUAUAAGGGACAACAAUCUUAUAAAAUAGACAGGAUAUAAGUAAUGCAGCUAGUAAUAUUGACAAAGUCUUAGUGCAGCAGGGAGACACGAAGUAUAAACAAUUUGGAAACAAAGAACAAAUUAAAACAAUUAUUAGUAUAACUAGUUGUAAUCCAGUUGCAAUAAACCAUCAAGUCCACAGGAGGGCCAGCUGGAGAGGCCAAAUUUUGGCAGGAACAGGUAGAGAGAAAAAGAUAAAUGUUUCAUUUUUGUUUACAAAGGUAUACCUUAUCAACUUGUACAUCAUAGCAUAAGAGAAAAGGUUUUUUUUGAAAAAGAUUAAAGCUAGUAUAUUUCCCAAAGUCAUAAAGUUAUAAAUCAUAUUCAUCAGUUCCUUCAGUCCCAUGUAAUUGAUUCCUGUUGAUCUGGAUGAAGUAAUCAGGUUUUGAGUUUUGUCAUUUGUUACAGAGUUCAGUGGUAUUAUCUAAAGGCAAUCAGAAACUUAUAUUUGGGGACUUCCCUCCCUGGUGGCACAGUGGUUAAGAAUACUGCUGCCAGUGCUGGGGACAUGGGUUUGAGCCCUGGUCAAGGAAGAUCCCACAUGCCAUGGAGCAGCUAAGCCCAUGCACCACAACUACUGAGCCUGUGCUCUAGAGCCUGCAAGCCACAACUACUGAGCCUACGUGCCACCAACUACUGAAGCCUGUGCACCUAGAGCUCAUGCUCUGCGGCAAGAGAAGCCACCGCAGUGAGAAGCCUGCGCACCGCAACGAAGAGUAGCCCCUGCUCGCCGCAACUAGAGAAACCCACGUGCAGCAAC